CCGGGGCGCUCUCAGCAGGAUGGCCAACACUUUCCCUCCAUCCCUACACCCCUCCGCUCCCGGGCCCGUGGCAGCGCUCCGCUCCCGCACUGCGCACUCCACCACCUACAUCCUAGCCAGCUGCCAGAACCCGGGAGAGAGCGGGGGCCGCGUGGGCGAGGCCGGCGUCCGGCCGGCGGCUGUCACGUGGGCCUCCCGGACCAAUAGGCGCGAGGCUUUGGGUCAAGCUCAGUCAGCCCCGCGGCAACUGGGUCUGGCAGUGGGACUAGGUGGGCCCGGAGGCCGCGGCUGAGCGAGCGAGCCCUCGGCAAGUGAGUUGUGGCUGCGGGUCGGCGGUGGGGACAACCCCCGGAGGGAGGCGGAGAGAGGGGAGGCAAGGCCCGCACCUGCCUGCAUCCCGCUUUCCACGCCCCAGCGCCCUCCGACCGUGCAGUUCUCGGCAGGACCAGGCCAUGGAGCGCGAAGUACAGCGGGCCCGCCAGGCAUUCCUGUCCGGACGGUCGCGACCCCUGCGGUUUCGGCUGCAGCAGCUGGAGGCCCUGCGGAGGAUGGUGCAGGAGCGCGAGAAGGACAUCCUGGCGGCCAUCGCUGCCGACCUGUGCAAGAGUGAACUCAAUGCGUACAGUCAGGAAGUCAUUACUGUCCUUGGGGAAAUUGAUUUUAUGCUUGAGAAUCUUCCUGAAUGGGUUACUGCUAAACCAGUUAAGAAGAACCUGCUCACCAUGAUGGAUGAGGCCUAUAUUCAGCCACAGCCUCUGGGAGUGGUGCUGAUAAUCGGAGCUUGGAACUACCCCUUUGUUCUCAUCAUUCAGCCACUGAUAGGAGCCAUCGCUGCAGGAAAUGCUGUGAUUAUCAAGCCUUCUGAACUGAGUGAAAAUACAGCCAAGAUCGUAGCUAAGCUUCUCCCUCAGUAUUUGGACCAGGACCUCUAUAUUGUUAUUAAUGGUGGUGUUGAGGAAACCACGGAGCUCCUGAAGCAGCGAUUUGACCACGUUUUCUAUACGGGAAACACUGCGGUUGGCAAAAUUGUCAUGGAAGCUGCUGCCAAGCAUCUGACCCCUGUGACUCUUGAACUGGGAGGGAAAAGUCCAUGUUAUAUUGAUAAAGAUUGUGACCUGGACAUUGCUUGCAGACGCAUAACCUGGGGAAAAUACAUGAAUUGUGGCCAAACCUGCAUUGCACCUGAUUAUAUUCUCUGUGAAGCAUCCCUCCAAAGUCAAAUUGUGUGGAAGAUUAAGGAAACGGUGAAGGAAUUUUAUGGAGAAAAUAUAAAAGAGUCUCCUGAUUAUGAAAGGAUCAUCAAUCUUCGUCAUUUUAAGAGGAUACUAAGUUUGCUUGAAGGACAAAAGAUAGCUUUUGGUGGGGAGACUGAUGAGGCCACACGCUACAUAGCCCCAACAGUACUUACUGAUGUUGAUCCUAAAACCAAGGUGAUGCAAGAAGAAAUUUUUGGACCAGUUCUUCCAAUAGUGCCUGUGAAAAAUGUCGAUGAGGCCAUAGAUUUCAUAAAUGAACGUGAAAAGCCUCUGGCUCUCUAUGUGUUUUCGCAUAACCAUAAGCUCAUCAAACGGAUGAUUGAUGAGACAUCCAGCGGAGGUGUCACAGGCAAUGACGUCAUUAUGCACUUCACGCUCAACUCUUUCCCCUUUGGAGGAGUGGGUUCCAGUGGGAUGGGAGCUUAUCACGGAAAACAUAGUUUCGAUACUUUUUCUCAUCAGCGUCCCUGUUUAUUAAAAAGUUUGAAGAGAGAAGGUGCUAACAAACUCAGAUAUCCUCCCAACAGCCAGUCAAAGGUGGAUUGGGGAAAAUUUUUUCUCUUGAAACGGUUCAACAAAGAAAAACUCGGUCUCCUGUUGUUCACUUUCCUGGGCAUUGUAGCCGCCGUGCUGGUCAAGGCUGGAUAUUACUGAAGAAUGAUCCUGUUCAACCUCCUAGUGCCUCUACUGAAUUAUUCCUCUUUUAAAUGGUUAAUGAACCAAUAAUUUUUAAAUCCUACCAAAAAUAGUAAGAAAAUAUGCAAACACACUGUGAUCAAACUCAAAAGUCAUUGCCAUUCAUCAUUAAUAAAACUUGCCAUUUCAACCAAAUCCCAACAUUCCCUAAUAGGGUAUUCAGGGAACCUGCCUUAAAUUGUGAGUAUCUAAAUCUUGGAGCUUUGAGCUAGGGGAGGACUAAAUACAAACUUUAAGGAAGUCUCAGAACCUACUCAGUGAAUCCUUCCCUCCAGUUAAUGGCACUGCCCACCUCCUGCCCCUGCUACCACCAUCACUGUAUGAAGCUUUCAAGAGCCUGGUGCUUCCCAGGGCUACCAGCAGUCCUCUGUAGUCAGAGAGGUGAGGUCAGAUGGUCUCGGUUCCCUGUGAGAUUUCAGGCACUAAAACCCUAUGUGGGGGAGGGAGGGGUUACUCUUCCUCCAAUGGGACUCAAGGACUUGACCUCCAGGAGUCAGGCCCCUGGUCAGAAGUGCCAUCUCACCAGUGGUCUUCAUUCUCCCUCAUUCAUGCUCCAUCAUCCUGUGUUCUGUUUAGUUGCAACAAUCUCUUGUGACUAAUAUCACUCAAAGCAUCUUGUAAAUCCUAGGGCUUCCUGGAAGUUAGUUGCCAAAGUCAUACAAGCAUCACCUGUCAUUCUUGUGUUGGAGUUAUAGAAUUCUACAUCUUAUAAAACCUAACUGGCAUUUUAAAAAUACUGUAGCCGGACAUGGUGGCUCAUGCCUGUAAUCCCAGCACUUUGGGAGGCCGAGGCGGGAGGAUUGCUUGAGUCCAGGAAUUUGAGACCUGCCUGGACCACAUAGUGAGACCUCAUCUCUACCAAAAAGUAAAAAUAAGCUAGAUGUGGUGGCAUGAGCCUGUGCUCAGGAGGCUGAAGCAUGAGGAUCGAUUGAGCCUGCGAGGCCAAGGCUGCGGUGGGCUGUGAUUGCACCACUGCACUUCAGCUUGGGCAACAGAGCAAGACCCUGUCUCCCAAACAAACAAAAAAAUACUGUAAUAAAAGUACUUAUACUAAUCCUCUCUCAGGACCCUAAGGUUGCAGGUUAGUAGGCCUUCAAGGACAAAUCUGUAAGUUUCUUAUUUCUGUAGCACAAUGCAAGUAAAAUUUCACUUUUUUAAACUACAGAGAGAUCCCUUUCUGAAUAGCCUGCAGAACUGAAAGUGAGGGAGCCAUUGCCUCUCGCAGACAAAGAGGCCUUGGAUAUUAGGACUUUGGGGUUUGAGAGCUUCAUGGGGCAGACAGUUGGUGGAUGGUCUUGACACGAAGUGAGUAAGCCACUGCAAUUGGUCAUACUGAAGGGGAUGGAUGGCAAAAGGAUCCCCUGAGCAAGUGAGAAGUUACUCUCAUCAGUCGUCCAUGGCCACAGCCUGAGGUACUCAGCUGAGUGGGCAAGGCUGAAGAAGAGGCCUGUCGAACGCAGCGUUACCUGCUGGACAGGGCAGGGCAGGCAGUGCUAUGCCUUGGAGCUCCUGACUGCAGAGACUCCGUCCCCACACUCAAAAAGACUCAGCUCACUCAAUGAGAGAAUGUAAUUUACUUUAUAGAAUGUAUAAUCAACUUUGUUGAAUAAUUUGUUCUAUUAAGGCUGUCUAAAGUAUGUGAUGUCUUCAUCAUAGUAUGAAGUGUCGAGAAUUAAUAACUAGCCCAGUUUAGGAAAAAGCUGCUUAAAACUGGCUCUAAGAGAGUAAUCAUAAAAUACCUUAGAUAAAAUCGCAUUAUGGAAUUUUCAUUGAGUAUGUUUACAUUACUGGCUUGUCUACUAAUAUAUAUCUGCUUCAAAAUGAACAUCUUUCAUAAAAUUGGCAUCAAUUUUAAUGACGUUCCUGGUGUGGAACCUCAGAUGUUCCCUAUUGGAGAUAAUCCUUGGGUUAUAAAUUCUCCCCAACUAUAAAUCUUUUUAUGUCUUUA